UGACGUUAGCCAACCAGUUGAGUUCUUUGCCCGCUGAAUAGAAAACAUAGGAAGAUCUCUCUCAACAGAAACAAUACAGACAUCGUACCAACAAGAGUCAUGUCUGUGAAUUAUGCUGCUGGGCUCUCGCAGUAUGCAGACAAAGGUGUCUGCGGACUUCCGGAGGUGUUCGACAGUCCAGAGGAGCUGAAGGUGAAGGUGGAGACGCUCGCCCAGUUGAUCAAAGAGUCUCAGUACUUUGUCGUCCACUCUGGAGCAGGAAUCAGCACCUCAGCAGGAAUCCCAGAUUUCAGGGGUCCAAAGGGGGUGUGGACGUUAGAAGAAAAGGGUGAGUCACCUAACUUUGAAACCACAUUUGAAGAUGCCCGGCCCAGCCUGACUCACCUGGCCCUCCUGGGACUGCAGAGGGCCGGAUACCUCAAGUAUCUCAUCAGCCAGAAUGUGGAUGGCCUGCAUGUCCGGUCAGGCUUCCCCAGGGAUUUGUUAUCAGAGCUUCACGGAAACAUGUUUGUGGAGGAGUGUGAGAAAUGUGGCCGGCAGUAUGUCAGAGAAAAGGUGAUUGGUGUGAUGGGCCUGAAACCAACAGGACGGCACUGCGAUGUGGUUCGCUCCCGAGGACUCCGAGCCUGCAGAGGGAAGCUUAUCAGCACCAUACUGGACUGGGAGGAUGCUCUCCCUGACAGAGACCUGAACAAAGCAGAGGAUGCCAGCAGGCGAGCAGACCUGGCACUGACCCUCGGCACAUCCCUGCAGAUCAAACCCAGCGGAGACCUUCCACUCCUAACCAAGCGAAAAGGAGGAAAAAUAGUCAUUGUCAACCUUCAGCCUACCAAGCACGACAAGCAUGGGCACCUGCGUAUCCACGGUUACGUGGACGAGGUCAUGAAACAGCUGAUGGAGCUGCUGGAAUUGGACAUCCCAAAGUGGGAAGGGCCGACCAUUUGUGAAGGCUCCACAGCGAGCUCCGAGUCCACCCCCGACGUCAAACCCCCACGCGCAGUUACAGCAAAGGAGAAAUUGAAAAAAAACCUGAUUAAGGAGGAGAGGAAAAGAGAAGCAGCGCGGCUGACAGACGAUGGGAGCGUUAAGGAGGAGAUGGGUUCGAUAAAGAGAGAGAGAGCAGACUCCCCGGUGGUGAUAAAUGAAGAGAAAUAGCCUGUAAUAGGUAUUUUACUCUCUCUCUCAAACAAAGUUUACAAGUUUACGGAGCAAAAACUUUUAUCUUACUGUAGUGGUUUGGUCAAUCAUAGAUUUUUUUUUUACACUUUUAGCCACAACUAACUGCAACGUGUAAAGCUGACUCCUCAGCUGAAGACUGACUCAUUGACCUUUUCACAAUGUUUUAUUGUUUUUGUUUUGUUUUUGUCAUACAUUUUUCCAUAAAAAUGACAUUUACCAAUCCUCAACCUGUGUUGUGAAUGUUCCCCCUGUUAAAGUAGAAACAUGUGUUAUUGAACUUGACUUUAGGUCAAUGCAAUGAGAAAAGUGAAGCUUUUAAUAAAGUGCAUAUAGUUGCUGCACCCUAUUAAAACCUUAACCAUAUGCAUCAGCUGAUUGACUAUAAAUGGACCAUAAUCACAAUGUACAUUUCUAGGAAAAUGUUUUUAUCUCAGGAAAAAGCAUUGUACUGUCAGUCAUUUUACAGUUUUUCUUUUUUUUAAUAUUUAUAUAUAUGGCGGCAUUAAAAAUAAUAAGUACUGUG